GACAAGGAAAAUGCACAGCACGGGACAAGUGCUCGCCGGGGAGUUGACAAUUCUUUUCUGGCCUUGGGAGCAGGAACCGAGGGAGAGUGAACACUUCAAAUUUGAACCAUCUUAUCGCAUCCCAGUGUAUAUCUUUGACCGGACAUCCGCCCAUUCGAGUAGCUGUCGUCCGUCAGUCGUCCCUUCCAUCUUCGCCUUCCUCUCGCAAGGCGCAGAGCGCGCUGCCACACCCUCUGUCUCUGUGUUAGCCUGCUGUGUCGGCCAAUGGCUCGAGCGCCGCUGCUUCUCGCGCUGCUGUCCCUUGCGGCCCUCGGCUCAGCCGGUGGCGCCAAUGCGGCGGGGAGGAAGAUGGUCGGCGUGUACGAGCUCAAGAAGGGCGAUUUCUCCGUCAAGGUCACCAACUGGGGAGCCACCAUCACCUCCGUCGUCCUCCCUGAUUCCAGAGGGAAUUUGGCUGAUGUAGUGCUUGGCUAUGACACCGUUGCUGAAUAUGUGAAUGGUUCUGGUUACUUUGGAGCGCUUGUCGGACGAGUAGCCAACAGAGUUGCUAACGCACGCUUCGUGCUCGAUGGAAAAGUCUAUCAUUUGUAUGCUAACGAUGGCAAGAACGCACUUCACGGUGGCCACAGGGGCUUCAGCAAAGUUAUAUGGACGGUUAAGGAAUAUGUUGGCGGCGGUGACUCCCCAUACAUCACAUUGUACUACCACAGCUUUGACGGAGAACAAGGGUUCCCAGGAGACCUGGACGUGUAUGUGACGUACCAGCUGUCGACCCCGUACAUGCUGAGCGUGCACAUGAACGCGACGGCCGUGAACAAGGCCACCCCGGUGAACCUGGCGCAGCACACGUACUGGAACCUGGGCGGCCAGGGCAGCGGCGACGUCCUCCGCAACACGGUGCAGCUCUUCGCGUCCCGGUACACGCCCGUGGACAGCGCGCUCAUCCCGACGGGCGCGCUCGCGCCCGUGGCCGGCACGCCCUACGACUUCCGGUCCCCGACCCCCGUGGGCGCGCGCAUCCACCAGGUCUCGGGCGGCGGCGCCGGCAUCUACGGCUACGACACCAACUACGCCGUGGACGGGGAGGCAGGGGCGCUGCGGAAGGUGGCCGUCGUCCGGGACGGCGCGUCGGGGCGGGCGCUGGAGCUAUGGGCGAACCAGCCCGGGGUGCAGUUCUACACGGGCAACUUCCUCAAGGACGUCAAGGGGAAGGGCGGGAAGGUGUACGGGCAGUACGGCGCGCUGUGCCUGGAGACGCAGGCGUUCCCGGACGCCGUGAACCACCCCAACUUCCCUUCGGUGAUCGUCAGGCCCGGCGGGGUGUACAAGCACGACAUGGUGUUCAAGUUCUCGUUCUAGCCAGUGUUGGCGACUUCGGUUAAUCUGUUGUGAGCUGUGGCCUGGGAGGAUACAUCAUAAUAUCUUAUUCGAAGUUAAUUUGGAAAUAACAAUUAUUGUUGGGUUU